GUUCCACUCAGGUACUGAUUUAGCCUAAAGUUCUUCCGCGGCACCAAUUGUCAGAAAUUUGCUUCCGUUUGCACUUUCCUUCUCUGUCCAACCGUGACUCUUAUGUCCCCGCACGUCCACGACACUUUCGACCGUUAUUCUGCGAUGGAGCACUGCUAUCACGAUGGAGACCAGUACUAUGAUGCCAGUCUCCCGAUUUCUACGCAUUACGAUUAUACUCCAUAUCAGCCUUACUCGUAUUACAUUCCCGACAACAUGAUGCUUGCGAUGACAGACUUGCAGGGCGAGCAACAAUUAAUUCAGACACCUGUUCAUGAAUAUCACCCCCAAGCUUUUGACAACUUCACGUCUUCCUCUGUCCAUUCUGUAUCGUCAGAUUCGUCAUGUCCAACGUCGACUUAUUUCCAUGAUACAGCAGCAUAUCCCAGCAUCCCGACAUAUUCUUCUGACAGAAGACCGUCAUAUCCCCCGAGUUGGGCACAAGACGUCAGAAAUAGCUCUACUCAUGUCGCAGCUGCCCAGUCGUCAGAGUACCGAGCAACGAUCGCGCGUCUCAGCGAUGAUUUUCUCGCAAGCGCGUCGUCGCUGUUUGGAGGAUCUACUUCACGAACUCGCAACACGUCCGCUACCUUGAGUGGAUCUACAACCCCUCAUCAGAGCCCUAUGCAAAACAGCAAUCUUACCCCUGCAAGAAAACGCUCAUCGGAAGCCAUGAAUGAGGAGGCCUUUGUUAAUCAGCAACUUGACGCUCGUGCACCCGUGCAAGAUUCAAGAUACCUUCCUCAGCCUCACAUGAUUGUUCCUUCUCAAAAUAGAGUUGGGCGUGAACGUCGUCUUCCUCCGAGUUCAUCACACAGUGGCGAGUCACAAAGCCUCCUGCGGUCUCCCGCUCGCCCUUUUAGACAGUCGCAUUCACCAGAUCUACUAUUACGUGAAGAAGGGCGACCGGCGGCCCAUCAAGCUAAUAAGAGGCCCCAUCGCUCCGAGGAGAUCACCCGCCAUUCUCAGACCAUUUCAAGCCUCCCUGCAACGUGGUCAGCGCCUGUGGAGCCUGUUAUGAAAGUCAGUGCCUCGAGGAAGACCGGUGAACAGAAAAAGCAAGCCCUUGCUUGCCUAUUCUGCAGAGAAAGAAAAAUAGCCUGUGGCAGACCCCCUGCCCACAGCCCAGACCAGACCUGCAACCAAUGUGCGCGACGUCGGAUGAAAUGCGAGUAUCCCACGGAAUCUCGUCGAGGACAGCAUAAACGCAUCCGCCGUAAACCAACCGAGGAUUGUAUUGGAGCUUCCAAUUCAUCUUCGGCUUCGCACUCGGCACCAAAUACACCGCCUGUCAUUGCGUUAACGGCUUGAAUGAAUACUACGUCAAUGUACAACACAAGUUUUGACGACCGUUCAAUGAGACACUUUAGAUAUAUGUAUGCAAUAUUGCCUUCAAGGGCUUCUCGUGGCCUUCUACCUUCUACCUUCGACUACGUAUACCUAUUUCAUAUCAAUUCCCUUUCUAAUUGUUAACUAUUAUUACCUGACGGCGUCAGUUACUCUCCUUGCAUUCCUACUUUCGUUAAGCUAGCAUGCCCAAACAUUAUGUUCGCCUUCCACAUUCUCUUACUGCAUGAUUUUUCUUAUUGUUGGACUGCAGUAUAUUUGCUUUAAUAAUAUGAAGAUCUUGUCGUUGCCUCG